UGGCAACACUGGAGUCUAAAGUAGACACAUUUUCAAAUGUUAAAAAUAAGAAAAGUUGUUGUGGGUAUAUCUGGAGGGGUUGAUAGUGCCGUUACAGCUUUAUUGUUAAAACAGAAAGGUUAUGAUGUACAGGGCGUUUUUAUGCAAAAUUGGGACAUUGCUGACGAAAAAGGUAGUUGCUCAACCAGUAAAGAUUAUAGAGAUGCCUCCAUAGUAUGUGAUAAGUUAAAAAUAAAUUUACAUCCUGUUAAUUAUGUAAAAGAGUAUUGGAAUGAGGUAUUUAUAAAUUUAAUAAAAGAAUAUGAAGUAGGAUGUACACCAAACCCUGAUAUUUUAUGUAACAAAAACAUAAAAUUUAAAUAUUUUUACAAUUAUGCUAAAUGUAUUUUAAAUGCAGAUGCAAUUGCUACAGGACACUACGCCAAAACUAGUUUUGGCCCUUACUUAGAGAAUUACCAAAUGGAUAAAGAUGUUAGUAUGCUUCUGGCAGCUGACAAAAAAAAGGACCAAACAUUUUUUCUGUGCCAAAUUGAGCAAGAAGCUUUAAGAAGAACAAUGUUUCCUCUAGGAAAUUUACAUAAAUCUCAAGUUAAAAACAUUGCACUUGAAAAUGGAUUGGAAAAAUAUGCAAGAAAAAAAGAGAGCAUGGGAAUCUGCUUUAUAGGAUCUAGAAAUUUUCAAAAUUUUAUUAAAGAAUACAUAAUUACCAAACCUGGUAAUUUUAUAAACAUAGACAAUGGAGAAAUUAUGGGAAAACAUGAGGGAUUUCAUCAGUGGACAGUGGGACAAAGAUCCAGGCUUGAGGGACUACCAGAAGCAUUUUUUAUUGCAAGAAAAAAUUUAGAAAAUAAUAAUAUUUAUGUGGCUCAGGGCACAAAUCACCCCAUUCUAUUCACAAGGUUUGUAUUCACUGGCAAAGUUCAUUGGAUUAGAAGCAUACCAAAAUCAAUAAAAAACAAAGAACUUCUUCAUUGUAAUUUUAAGUUUCAACAUACCAAACCUUGGAUACCUUGUACUGUUUUUGAGACUGAUUUUGGACUAUCUAUUUACUUAGAUGUGGCGACAAGGGCUAUAACUCCUGGACAAUAUGCUGUGCUGGAAAAGGAUGGAGAGUGUUUGGGAAGUGCUAGAAUUAUAAAUAGUGGUGUAUCAAAAUAUUCUUUGAAUUUAAUAGAAAAUUUAGAGUUUGGUGAUGAGGUUAGUAAUAAUUAUAAAAUUAAUAAUAAGAAACAUAAAAUAAAUGAAAAUUUUAGAGAAAAUGUUAAAGAACAAUCAAAAAUAUAAAUAUUUUUUUAUUAUAUUAUCUUUAAUUUAUUUAUUUUUUCCUUUACUAGGAUUUCCUCCAAUCG